CCCAGGGACCCCUCAAAAGCAAAGAGCUCCAGUCCCCGAGGCUUGAAGACUAGGACUCCCUUCUCCAACUCUGUCCUCAGGGGGGUGGGGCCCCAGCCAAGAUCACAGAACGCAGGAGUCGGGGUGGCAACUGGAGACAGGUGAAGUAAAAAGAGAAAACUAAGAAAUCAGCGCGGCUGGAGGGGGAGACUGUGUGGAUGGGAUGGGGACGCCAGGAGAGGGGCUGGGCCGCUGCUCCCAUGCCCUGAUCCGGGGGGUCCCGGAGAGCCUGGCUUCGGGGGAGGGUGCGGGGGCUGGCCUCCCGGCUCUGGACCUAGCUAAAGCUCAGAGGGAGCACGGGGUGCUGGGGGGUAAACUGAGGCAGCGGUUGGGGCUGCAGCUGCUAGAACUGCCUCCUGAAGAGUCGCUGCCGCUGGGACCGCUCCUCGGUGACACCGCCGUGAUCCAAGGGGACACGGCCCUAAUUACGCGUCCCUGGAGCCCCUCCCGCAGACCGGAGGUCGAUGGAGUCCGCAAAGCCCUUCAGGACCUUGGGCUCCGGAUUGUGGAGAUGGGGGAUGAGAACGCGACGUUGGAUGGCACUGAUGUUCUCUUUACGGGUCGGGAGUUUUUCGUAGGCCUCUCCAAGUGGACCAAUCACCGAGGAGCUGAGAUCGUGGCAGACACGUUCCGAGACUUCGCUGUCUCCACAGUGCCGGUCUCGAGCUCCUCCCACCUGCGCGGCCUUUGCGGCAUGGGGGGACCCCGCACGGUCGUGGCUGGUAGCAGCGAGGCUGCUCAAAAGGCUGUCAGGGCGAUGGCAGUGUUGACAGACCACCCCUAUGCGUCCCUGACUCUCCCAGAUGAUGCAGCUGCUGACUGUCUCUUUUUGCGACCUGGGCUGCCUGGUGUGCCCCCUUUUGUCCUGCACCGUGGAGGCGGGGACCUGCCCAAUAGCCAGGAGGCAUUGCAGAAGCUCUCUGAUGUCACCCUGGUACCUGUGUCCUGCUCAGAACUGGAGAAGGCAGGCGCCGGGCUCAGCUCCCUCUGCCUGGUGCUCAGCACGCGUCCCCACAGCUGAGCUCCUGGCCUUAGGGUUCUGGCUGGCCAAUGUUUGGGCAGCAUAGGGAGUAGAAGCGGAAGGAGGCUUAGAUAGAGGACGGUGAAUAGGUAUAGUAGUGGGGAGAGGGCCCCAAGAUGGGGGGGGAGGGCUUAGUGUGGGAAAAAUGAUAGAGUCCACUGGGUGAGUCCUCUUCCACAGAACUAAUAAAACAGAACUGACCUUUUA